AUGGGUCACUCUCGAGGUCUCCGGUCCGGAACGCGCUAUGCGUUCAGCCGCAAUUUUCGCGAGAAGGGCAUGAUCCCUCUCUCGACGUACAUGAAGACGUACCGAGUUGGCGAUAUUGUCGACAUCAAGGCCAAUGGCGCAGUUCAGAAGGGUAUGCCCUACAAGGUCUACCACGGGAAGACUGGCGUUGUGUACAACGUGACCAAAUCCGCUGUCGGAGUUAUCAUCUACAAGCGAGUCGGAAACCGAUACAUCGAGAAGCGAGUCAACGUCCGUGUUGAGCACAUUGCCCAUUCGAGAUCAAGAGAGGAGUUCUUGAACAGAGUCAAAUCGAACGCUGAACGCCGCCGCGAAGCCAAAGAGAAGGGCGAGUCCGUGCAACUGAAGCGCCAGCCCCAAGGUCCUCGAAAAUCGCAUGUCGUCGAGUUCACAGGGGUGGAGAGCCUCGCGCCUCAACCAUACGACACGCACAUCUAA